CAUGGACGCGCACCUGAUGGACUGGGGGAUGUCAGCCUCUAAAGACACUAUAUUCUACAUCAUGAACAGUCAGGAGUGUCCGAUUGUUAAGUACAAUGAUACCAACAGUUACACUGCUCUUAACGUACUGUGGGGCCUUUUCUUCCUUGUUCUAGGAGUUUGUACAGUGCUAUUGAAUGUAACAGCUAUACGGGGGCUAUACAGUACUACUAGUAGAACGGGAGACCUCUUCAAACCGGUAAUAUACGUGAAUAUCUCUAUACUGGACGUUGUGAGUGGACUGUGUACGCUGCUGAGUGGGGGGAUAAUGUUAUCUAACUUCACUUGGGAUGAGAGCGAUGGUGGAGGACAGUUCCUCUGCAAUAUAUUCGGAAUCCUGUUGACCCUGGUGGUACAGACUAAAGUAAUGCUGAUGUCAGGAGGACUGUUAAUCUCGGUGAUAGCCUUGGUUUCUGGCUCCAAGAUAGAACACUCAACUGCUGUGCGGAUCUCUGCUGUAGUAGUGGUCCUGUCAUGGGUUGUGGGCAUCAUCCACGCUUUCUUACCCUACAUGUUCGGCUCAGUUUACACUCAGCCUGACUACCUGACCAUCUGUAUCGGCAGCUUCGCGAGGAUGAGCAACACUAAAACAGAUAACUACUACUCCGGUCAGCUGAUAAUGCUCUUCAUACCUCUAGUUCUGGGCUGUGUUAUCUGCUGCUUUACUAUACCCGGCAUGAUAUCCGCCAAGAGGAGCACUCAGGUCUACAAAUGGGAUGAUGAGUUAUGGGGAGUAUUCACCAUGACCAUGCUGUUCAUGAGUUACCUUAUCUGUCACGCAACCUACUUCAUAGUUCAUUUGUCUGGCAUGUCAGAGAUGGACGAGAAGAGGACUAUUGACUUCUGCAAACUUAGUCUCCUCAAUAUGAGAUACUUCUUCGCUUUCAUGGUCUUCACCAUGUACCUAUCAGGAAUAGCAGAGCCCCUCAGCUACCUGACCACCAACAUGGCACUGAGAGAGAAAGUUUGCGCUAGAUUCCCCGACAUAGGAGACUCAGAAGACACCGUCUCACCGGCCAGCACAGGGAACAGAGUCACACCUCUACUGAUAGAGAUCAGACACAGGGAGGAGGAGGUGUCAACUCCUAAACGAGAAAUACAACAGGUCCCCAUCCAGCCAGAAGGGACGGAAAUUUGAACUAGAUUUGACAAUAGUAACCACAAUUAUAGCACAGGCAUCGUUCCAAUUUUGACCGUGACCGAGAAAUACUCGGAAAUUUGUCUAAUUUCUGAUAGCGAGACGACGCCGGAUUUAGAGUGCAGUAAAUCAAUGCACCAUUGAAGUGAAAGUUGUAUUUGUAAAUAAGCGGGCUGAUUAUGACAAUAACGAAGCCAUUUUAUAUGAAACUAAAGCUCCCAAAUAGAAAACUAGAAACUUAUUGGGCAAUAGGCCAAGUUAGCAAGAGUAAAUAUUUUUAGAUAUUUUUUAGUAAACCAUUGUUGAAGAUGUAAAUAUAACUUGACGCUAUUUUGAUCA